AUGGAAGGCGAAAAUAUUGCCAUCUUUGGUUUGACAUCGACUGGCAAGUCAACUCUACUUAAUAGCCUUAUGGGAGAAAAGUUAGCUGAAACAGGUCGUGAAGAAACGGCAACGAGAAUUCAACCAUAUCAAGGUGUACAAUUUACUGUUUGGGAUGUUCCUGGUCGAAAUGAUGAAGUCAUUUAUAUAAGUAUGCAAUUCAUAUCGUUCUUCAAAGGAUUGACACGACGUCUCAUCGUAAUUGGAUUCAGAGUAAAAGAUAAUUCCAGCACAAUGAAGCUUUUGGAUGAAAUUGGAUUAGAUUAUGAUAUUGUUGUUAACAAAUUCGACAUUGUAGAUGUGGACGAACGAGAAAAAUUUCGUGAGCAAAUUCUUGGCGAAAUACAAGCACUUGGAUUGCAGAGAGUAAAUAAAGUAUUUUUUGUGAGCGCCAAACAUCCACAGAUGUUUCCUGAUUGGGUAAGCAUGGUCAACUAUUUGACCAGGAUGUGGGUGUGGGUGUGAGUGUGGGUUCGUGGAUGUGGGUGUAGUUUUUUCUUGAUCGAGACAAAGACCCAUACCUUACACCUCCACUCCCACCAUCACGGAACCAACUCCAGAUCAACGUUUAUUAAAAGCACUCCAUAACCAAAUAUGUUCUUGUCGUAGCCUUUUAAAACAUUUAAUUCUCAUAUCUUAGAUUGUGGAAUAUACAACAAAAAUCAACGAUAUAGAUACAUCUUUAACAAGCAGCCAAUCAUUGAACUUUUCAUAUUCAAAUUUACAUUUACAAAAACUAAUAUAUAUAAAUCAUUAAUUGAUGAAACGAACUAGAAAAAAUGUAAGCAGUAUAAAUAAACAUUGAUCAUAUCAUUUUUAGCAACUUAGGGCGGGAGUGUAUGAAUGAACUGAAGAUUCUUACUCAGACUCAUACCCACCCAUAAUCACCACCCACACCUACACCCUUAAAUACUAUGGGCGAUGAUAUAACAAAAACCAGACUGUUCUCACUCAUAUAGUAGUUGAGAUAUAAAGGAGACAAGAAAACUUUAUCUACUGGUCCAAUAAUUUUUGCGGCCACUGUAUGUUGAAAAACAAUAAGAGAUUUAAUUCAAAGUUGAAUAACUCUAGAUAUAUCGAGAAAUGACUUCGAUGUUCAUUUUCUAUGAAAAUAAUAUAUCUUAUUGAGAUCUAUAUGAAGAUGGAUUGUAGUGGGCUUGGAGUGGGUUGGACUGGACCACCCAAAAUGGUAUUUAACAUUUUUGUUUAGGAGUUUUUCCUUAAAGCGGCUUGGUGUGGGAUCUAGCGAGUUAAGAGUAGAAAUGUCUAUCGAUUACUAAAACCGUUCGCCAAACGCCGCUUGGAGUGGAUUGGAGCGUAUUUUACUAAUACCCAUUAUUAACUGAUAAAUCGUAUCAAUUUUCGAUCAGGAUCUUGCUACGAAGUUUUCAAGAAUAAACAUUUUCAAUUGCUUAGCACAGAACGUUAAUUAAGGGUAAUAUCUUAGUACGAUUGCACGUACUUGAAAUCAGAAUAAAAAUGUUGAUUAAUCAGAAUAUAUCGAGAUAAUAAGCAUAAGUUCAAACGUGAUGAAUCAUCAAGUUUCAUCGAUAAUUCUGGCUAUUUUUCUAAAAAAGAAAUUGUGAUUUUAUGAUCGAUUAUUAUUUAGAACUAUAUCGAUAAUAGAAGUUACUUUGUUCAUGUUAUCUCGAUUUCUAUUGUUGUUUAAACAAGUUCAUAUUAAUAUAUAAUUUAUGUUAAUAAACAUUUUUAUUCAAAACUUGUGUGUUUUUUACGUUAUUCGAAAUGUAUACGACAUGAAAUAGAAAUAUAAAUGGAAUUUUUUGAUAGCUAAACGAGAAGAAAAUCGAAAAAGAAACAAGAAUAGUAAAGAAAAAACGCUCAUUUUGAACGAAUUGAUUGUUUUAAUCGAGUUUAUCGCUGAAGUCAGUUCACACAUAGGUGUUUUUUUUUGUCCAUGAAAUAAUUGUCCAAAAAUGGAAAAUGAAAAAGCAAUAGUAAUCUAA